UUAGUGAGCACAGAUUUCUCAGAUGUAUUUCUUGCUUUCUUCUUCAAUGCCUUCAAUGCUUUUCUUCAGCUCACCUUUCACAAGGACCGACAGAGCUGACCUCUGUCUAGCGCCAUUACAAAGGAAUGGAAAUACUUUAUUGCUCUAUAUCCUUUUGAUGAGCAUCAGAUGGUCGACUGGUUUUGAGGAUGGUUACAUUAGGCUGGCUGGAGGCCAAGAUUACGCUGAGGGCCGUGUGGAGAUCUUUCAUAAUGGAGUUUGGGGGACUGUGUGUGAUGAUGACUGGGACAUAAAUGACGCUCACGUAGUGUGUCGACAGCUAUGUUUUCCCAGUGCAACAGAAGCUCUAGGGUCUGCUCAUUUUGGCAAUGGCGAUGGUAACAUAUGGAUGGAUAAUUUAGGCUGCAGUGGAGAUGAGGCUAAUUUGUUCCACUGCACAUUUCCUGGGUGGGGGGUCCAUAACUGUGGUCACUCUGAAGAUGCCGGUGUUAGAUGUGAAAACGGGCCUAACACUGGCUGCAAGAAUGCAGAUGUGGAGUACGCUUUGGACCACAAUGCAAGCCUCUCUCAUCAGCUGGGGGAACUGUUCGACAGUGGACGUGACUGUGACUUGACCAUUUCAGUGGUAGUAGACAAUAACACUGUAGAGACAAUCUGUGCUCACAGGGUCAUCCUCUCCCUGAACUCAAACCUCCAAACUUCACAGCCAGACAUCAACAGCCUCAGACUUGAUGUCACCUAUGAGUGCAGAGAACAUGCCAACACAGUUAUCAGGUACUUCUACACAAGGAAGAUUCAAUUCACACUACCCUCUGUCUAUUGCAUUCUCAACAUGGCUUCUCAGUGGGGUCUGACAGAACUUCAUAAUGAGGCUGCAAGUAUUUUCAGACAGUUUCUACCCGAGGACCCCACCUUCCAGAGUCCAAACUCUUUCUACAGGUAUGCAGUUUAUACAGGGGAUGAAGCUCUGCAAGAAGUCUCUCUCCGCUACCUGGCAUGGAACUGUGAGACACUGAUCCAGUCCCAGGUUUGGACAAGUCUUCCAUUUGAUCUUGUCAAAGCUCUUCUGUCCCGCUCAGACCUCGUGGUGCGCAAUGAGACCGCCAUUUUGAGUGCACUGGAGAGAUGGGCGGCAGCCCAAAGUAUCACAACUAUUCCUGAGGUGCUUUUGAAGCUUGUCCGCUUCCCAAUGAUACCAGCUGAGGACUUAUACACACUAGACAGCUCAAGGUACCAUGCCAGCAAGCUGCAGGGGUUUCAGUUCAAUGCUUUGCCCUUCAUGCCGCUGAUCAGUGACGUGUCAGAGGAAGAAAACGUUUACACUUCCAGGAUUUACACUGGCCCACCAUGGAGCUUUACCUUCAACUUCCACAUUUUUAAAGCUCAUAAGGACUUUGGGUACUACACUCUUCAAGGCCAGACCAUCAGUACUCUGACAUCUGAUUUCCAAACACCUGUCCAUAAUGGCGCUUAUUUUGCUUUUCACAGCAUACGCUGGAAAACAGGGGUCUAUAGCAGCGACGAAGAAUGCACAACAGAAGGCUUCACUUGCUCUUCUUUACCAGCAGUUAGUUUGAAAAUUGAAGAAAAGAAGAAUGACUUGCCCAGUGAGAUGGAGGGACGUAUUCACUACAGCAAUAAGCUUGUUGUUAUGUGUGAAGGGAGGUACGUGUUUCAUGUUGAAGAAUUUGCUGCUGAUGAUAGUGGAAGCCUUAUAUUUGUUCCCAGCGGCACGGAACAAGUUUAUCCAUGCCACUCGGACCACUUCUCAUACCAAGUGGUGGUGCGUCCUCACUACUCAACAGGUUAAGGUUUGGAUCCUUUUGGGAACCUCAGCAAAAGAGAAAGAUACCUGCGGAUCAGCAUACUAUCAGAUUCACUUUACGCUGAACACGAAACAGUAUUUUAUCCAGUGAAUCCAAACGUGAACAAGCUUGCCCUACAAUUACACAAUGGAAUGCGUUUCUAUGGCUUGUUCAGGCUGCCUAUGAUGUCUUGCCUUGUUUAAUGCAGUCUUUGUUUUUAAUCUGAGUCUGUUGUUGAAACCUGUUCUCUCAUCCUGUUAUUGACACCAUAAUCAUUUAUAAACUUAACUUUAACACGAACAAUAAAUAAACAAUAAAAAGAUUCUACAGUCAACAUCACAUUAAAGAGGAAAAACAAUAAAGGAUUCAUUAAGGGAGCAGUUAUGUUUCUUAGAAGCAAAGUCAAAGUCCUUACCUUAAUUUGAUAGAAAUGCUGUGAAAGGAUCUGAAGCGAACAAUUCAUAUAAGGAAACGCACCAACAUGUCAGAACUGAAGAGGUUCUGUACUGAGGAGAGCUCAGUUCUUAAUCCCAUUCUUAAUCCAUAGGGUUUAAUAUGAUGUCGGCCCACCUGUUGCAGCUAUAAGAGCUUCAACUGUACUGGGAAGGUUUUCCACAAGGUUUAGGAGUGUGUUUAUGGCAAUUUUUGGCAAUUCUUAUUGGUGAGGUCAGACACUGAUGUUGGACAAGAAGACCUGACUCACAGUCUUCACUCUAAUUCAUCCCAAAGGUGUUCUGUCAGGUUGAGGUCAGGACUCUGUGCAGACCAGUCAAGUUCUUCCUUACCAGCCUCCCUCAUCCAUGUCUCUAUGGACCUUGCUUUGUGCACUGGUGUAAAGUCAUGUUGGAACAGGAAGGGGUCAUCCUGAAACGGUUCCCACAAAGUUGGGAUCAUGGAAUUGUCCAAAAUCUCUUGGUAUGCUGAAUAAUUCUCUUUCAGUCUCUUUCACUGGAACUAAGUGGCCAAGUCCAGCUCCUGAAAAACAUUUUCCCCCCUCCGCCAAACUUCACCCUUGGCACAAUGCAGUUAGACAAGUACCGUUCUCCCAGACUGGUCCAUCAGAUUGUGGGAUGGAGAAGCGUGAUUCAUCACUCCAGAGAACGUCUCCACUGCUCUAGAAUUCAGUGGUGGUGUGCUUUACACCACCGGAUCUGAUGCUUUGCAUUGCACUCGGUGAUGUAUGACUUGGAUGUAGCUGCUCGGAUGGCAGCUCAUUCCACAAAGUGUUCUUGAGCUAAUCUGAAGGCCACGUGAAGCUGGAGGUCUGCAGUGACUGACUCUGCAGAAUGUUGGCAAUCUCUGUGCACUAUGUGCCUCAGGUGUUUGAUUUUACACAGCUGUGGCCAUGGAAGUGAUUGGAACACCUGAAUUCAGUUAUUUGGAUGGGUGACUGGAUACUUUUGGCAACAUAGUGUAUAAGCAGUUACUGGAAACACUUAAUACUACUAUUGCUGCACAAGGGGGUCAUAACAGAUGCUGGAAACAACGUUUCACAUACUUUUGCAAUUCAUAGGCAUGUACAAAUGAUUCAUUUUCUUAAAGAAAUAAAUACACAAGUAUAAUAAAGCUGUUUCACGUG